AUGCCUCGUGCGAUGCGGCUCGAUGUCGGCCUGGUGACAUGCCUGGCCGCCUUCUCCAGCGUUGCUGAUGCGUUCUGGCGUCUUCCCUGUCGUGGCCGGAGUGGUCUGGCCCGUAUCGAUCCUCUGAUGGACCCGGGCGAGCCCUCCUACCACGUUCACGCCGUCCAUGGAUCUGGCGCUUUCUCCAUGUCGUCCGACGCCGACGUCCUGAAGGCCGCCGACUGUACCUCCUGCGAGGUCAAGCAGGACAAGUCCGCGUACUGGGCUCCCGCGCUUUACUUCGUGGACGAAGAUGGCGACGCCGAGUUGGUGGAUGAGGUGGGAGGCAUGCUUGCCUACUACCUUCUGUACGGUGAGGGCGUGAAGGCCUUCCCUGAGGGCUUCCGCAUGAUCGCCGGUGACCCCUUCAAGCGUUCCUUCCCCUGGCCCGUUCCUGAUCCCCCCAAGUCCGAGUGGACCGGCAAGCAGGGCUCCCAGGAGGCCCUGGCCGCGAAGGCGCUUGGGUUCAACUGCCUCAACUACGACUCCGACGCGGAACCGUCGCUCGGACGCCACUUCAUGCCCAACAAGACCUAUCUCGAUGAGAACUGCAAAGAUGGUAUCCGCAUCGAGCUGAUGUUCCCUUCGUGCUGGAACGGGAAGGACGUCGACACCAAAGACCACAAGUCCCACAUGGCCUAUCCUUCGCAGGUCAUGGACGGAACCUGCCCCGAGGGCUUUGAGACUCGCCUCAUCUCGCUCUUCUUCGAGACCAUCUGGGAUACCUACGCCUUCCGCCACAAGGAGGGCGAGUUCGUCCUGUCCCACGGUGACCCCACCGGAUUCGGCUACCACGCCGACUUCAUCCAGGGCUGGGAGCAGGACGUUUUGGAGGCGGCCGUCGAGCAGUGCACCAACCCGUCCGGUGAGGUCGAAGACUGCCCCGUUUUCGAGCUUCAGUCCGAGAUCAAACAGAAGCUCUGCACCUUUGACCUCCCCGACCUCCUGAAAGACGAGGACGUCGAGAAGUGCAAGGGUGGCCUGCCCAACAAGCUCCUUAUCGAGUACGGACCCGAGGAUGCCUUCCCCAUCAAGUACUCCACUCCCACUUCCUCCUCCGCCGCGUCCACCUCCACGCCCGCUCUCCCCACCCUUCCCGGCCUCCCCAGCAUCUCUCUCCCCGAUAUCGGCGGUAUGUUCGCUGAGAGCUCGACCACGUCCGCAUCUUCCACUACGACUCCCCCUCCCGCCCCCAGCACCACUGAGACCCCGACCGAGACCCCGACCCCGAGCACCACCGAGGAACCGACCACGAGCACCACCACGACCCCGACCUGGACCCCCACUCCCGUCACCUCCUUGAUCGAGGGUCCCAUCACCCAGGAGAUCGUCUUCGUCGAGCAGCAGGUUGUGAUCCUGGUCGACGACCAGGGCAGCACCGUGGGCACCCAGACCGGCGACAUGGUGACCGUCUCGACCACCCUGACGACCGCCACGACCGUCGUCUCCACCGAGGUCACGAUGGCGACCGAGCCUGCCCACGCCCACCGCCGGCGCCACGCCCACGGUCACCGUGCCCGUGCCCACUAG